UAUUCGAUCGAGUUAACUUUUUACUUUCACGAAACGUACACGUUACGGAGCGAAUCGAUAGGCGGCCGUCGCGGCUGCAGCUGUACGACAAUUAUUGUGCGGCGGCUGUAACGCGAAUUUAGGGCGCGGGCGGCGGCGCGGGCGGAGGCCCCCGCCCGGGCCAGUCCGUGCCGCGCCGCGCGCCGAACGCCCGCCCGUACCCGCGAGACCGCGCCGCGCUCGCCUCCGCGACCGCGUGCCGUGCUGUGCUGUGUGUGACCAUGCGCGCGCCUGCCGCCGCCGCGUGCGACCCCGCGCCCGUCUAACCCCUAUAACUGGACUAACAUGAACGUUCCCUACCACGGAAAUCACAGGCAGUAAUCCAAAAUGGCGUCGUCAUUCGGUGCGAGCGUGUGAGCUCGCGCGGGGCCGCGUAGCGAUGGGCGAUCGCACGUAGCCCCCGACAUGGAGGAGGACGAGCGGCGGCUCUCGUUCCCGCCGCCGGCGCCGCUCAACUCACCCGGCGAGGAGAUCGACGGCUCGCGGCUGCUCGGCGAGAUCGUGCGCACGCUCGAGGCGACCAACCCGGAGGCGGCGGCGCCGCUCGUCGCCUCGCAGUCGCGCGAUGCGCUCGACGUCGAGUGCGAGCGGCCGCGGCGUGAGGAGUUGCGUAUACCGCUUGAGGGUGUCACCUUCUCCAGCGAUGCGCAGGGAAAAGCAGGCGGGCGCGAAGAGCCGCGCGCCGCCGUCACGCCGUUCACGCGCGAAUCGGCGCGGCGCGCGGGCUCGCGCGGCGCGCAGCUUGUGCGCGAGUUCGGCUUCAUGCCGCGCCGGCGCCUCAGCGUCGAGGACGGCGCUCGGCUGCCGCGCAAGUACGAACCCUUCCCGCCCAAGCUCUACGGACGCCCGCUUGAGGAGAUCGACAACUUCAUUUAUGAUGAGACAUUCUGCGUGGUCUCAAAGCGUUUCCGCAAGAACUACAUCCACCGCUUCACCGCCACGCGCUCGCUGUUCUGGUGGUCCCCGUGGUCACCGCUGCGGCGGGCGUGCGUCUACCUCUCCACCAACCAGUACUUCGACUACAUCGUCAUGGCCACCAUCCUGCUCAACUGUGUCUUCCUAGCCAUGUCCGAGACUAUCGAAGAGGCUGAGUACAUAUUCCUCGCAAUCUACACGUUGGAGAUGGUAAUCAAGUGCAUAGCGAAAGGCUUCAUCCUGAACAAGUACACGUACCUGCGGAACCCGUGGAACUGGCUGGACUUCGUGGUGAUCACGUCGGGCUACGCGACCAUCCGCCUUGACCUGGGGAACCUCGCUGGCUUGAGGACGUUCAGGGUGCUGCGGGCGCUGAAGACCGUGUCCAUCAUGCCUGGCUUGAAAACCAUCAUCAACGCGCUACUGCACUCCUUCAAGCAGCUGGCCGAGGUCAUGACGCUGACCAUCUUCUGUCUGAUGGUGUUCGCGCUGUUCGCGCUGCAGGUCUACAUGGGGGAACUGAGGAACAAGUGUGUGCUGAACUACCAGGGCGUGGAGGGGGAAAAUUUCACGGAUGACGCUUGGUACAGAUGGAUCAACGACACGCGCAACUGGUGGGUGGACGAAGACGGCGACCCCAUCAUCUGCGGCAACCUGACCGGCGCCCGGCACUGCGCGCCCACCCACACGUGCCUCUGCAUCGGCCCCAACCCCAACCACGGGUACACCAACUUCGACAACUUCCUGUGGUCCAUGCUGACCACAUUCCAGCUUAUUACGCUGGACUACUGGGAGAAUGUGUACAAUAUGGUGCUAUCGUCCUGCGGGCCAAUGUCCGUGUCAUUCUUCACGGUGGUGGUGUUCUUCGGCUCGUUCUACCUCAUCAACCUGAUGCUGGCCGUCGUGGCGCUCAGCUACGAGGAGGAGUCGCAGAUCACACAAGAGGAAAGAAAAAAGGACCUAAACGAACACAGGGACGACUCGACGUUCAGUUUUGACCCCACGUCGCUGGCCGUCAGGACCCUAGCCAAGGACUCAAAGAAGAGGAUAGACGCCCGCAAAGGGCUUCUAUUAGCAUCGUAUUCACGGAAGCGGACGAGGAGACGCAAACGAGGGAAGAGCGCCAUACACCAUGCCGCUGCCGUUGCUGCUGUGGCUGAGAGGUCUCGGUCCCGCUCGCGGUCGCGGUCCGUGACGCCGAGCGCGUCACCGCCGCCGAUGCCCGCGCCGCCGCCGCCGCCCCCGCACACGCUGCACCCCGACAACGCACUAGUGAUACUCUUCGCAGGUCGCGGGGCGCUAAGCGCCGCGGGCCGGCAGCUCAGCGACCACAGCAACAACCGCGAGUCGUCGCUGGACGAUUCGGGCGUCGUCGACGACCACGACGACGGCGAGCACACGUCCGACGACCAGGCGCCGCAUCCACAUCCGCACCCGCACCCGCAUCCACACUCGCAUCCUCAUCCGCAUCCGCGGCGGGUUCACGUGCAAUUGCCCCCGCCGCCGCCGCCGCAGCCGCCUACUAUGCUGGCUUUGAUGCCACGGGAACCAGCACAAACACAGCCACCCCAAUCAAAGCAGAAAUCGUCAGACAAGAAGAAAGGGGACAAGAGCAUCCAAGAGAAGUAUCCGCUGAACCCGGACUACCUCAACCAGAUCGUGGUGCUAGGGGCGGACUGGCCAUACAAGCGCGCGCCCGACCUCCCCCAAGCGGAGACGACGAAAAUUAAUGAGCUCAGUUUAUUGGCAGCCACGCACAAAACUCAUAUGGGCAAUUAUGAACAAAAUUGCACUUACUUCACAGACGAACUGAUGGACAGAAACUGUGAAUGCUGCGUGACUUGCUGUAUUGACUACGAGGGCUGGCUGCAGUUUCAGAACUGUCUGUACGGAAUUGUGAAGGACCCACUAUUCGAGUUGUUCAUAACAACGUGUAUAGUUCUCAAUACGCUGUUCCUAGCGUUGGAGCACCACGGCAUGAGCGAAAACGUUAGAAACGUAUUAGAUAUAGGAAAUAAGGUGUUCACGUCAAUAUUUACUUUAGAGUGUAUAAUGAAAGUGAUGGCGAUGAGCAAGGACUUCUUCGCCUGCGGCUGGAACAUAUUCGACUUGAUCAUAGUGUCGGCCAGUCUGCUCGAUCUCAUAUUUGAGCUUGUUGACGGCCUUUCUGUGCUACGGGGCCUUCGCUUGUUGCGUGUGUUAAAGUUAGCUCAAUCGUGGACUACAAUGAAAGUGUUGUUGAGUAUUAUAAUAUCGACAAUCGGUGCUCUCGGUAAUUUGACGUUCGUGUUAGUGAUAGUUAUAUACAUAUUCGCUGUUAUCGGUAUGCAACUGUUCUCUAAGUCGUACACACGCGAAAAGUUCGAGCCGGACGAUGUGCCCAGGUGGAACUUCAAUGAUUUCUUCCACUCGUUCAUGAUGAUAUUCCGGAUCCUGUGCGGCGAGUGGAUCGAGCCGCUGUGGGACUGCAUGCGCGCCGAGCAGGAGAACGGCGCCGAGAGCUGCUUCUUCAUCUUCCUCCCCGCUCUCGUCAUGGGCAACUUCAUGGUGCUCAACCUCUUCCUUGCCUUGUUGCUCAACAGCUUUAACAGCGAAGAGCUUAAAAAUAAGAAGGAGGUAAUCAAAAAGGAAGUAGGCGAGGAUUCCAAGCUAGCUAAAAGUUUCGAUAGAAUACGUUCCAUAGUAAGAAAAAAAGGUUUUCUUAUAUCAAGAAGCAAAGAGACUGAAAAGAAAUCUAAGUUAGAAGAGCUAGUUAACGAGUUUAUGAUACAAAACCGCACGGCGCAGAAAAAGGCGUCGAUACCUAGCGAACAGAAUGCUUACUUUUCCAAUGUGCAGGAGACUACGGCCCUGUUUCCUCACGACAAUAUAUAUAGUCACAGUUACCAAGAAGCGUUAAACAGGCCAGUAGUCGGAUUUGACUACCCUACUCUAUUUCAAUCCGGAAACAACUUCAAUCACGGUAGCCAAGAAACUUUAAAAGAUGUAAAGGACUUUGCAAUAGAACACAAAAUAACUAGUAUUCGAGAAGAUUCCAAAGAGAACCUGGAUGACUUGUCUGUAGCGACGGAGCAGGUGAACGCGCAAAGAUUAUUGAAUCAAAUGUCUUCGGGAUACCAUACGCAGCCUUCAGAGACAAUAGAUGAUAACGAGCAAUACGAAAUGGCGCAUAUGUCCACUAGGACGACACCAGAAAAAUCUAAGAGACAAGGAAGGGAGCCACCAAACGUUUCAUGUAAGGAAUCUGGCAAAAGACCAGAAGACCAAGACAUGAAGCGUCCGUGGCAAACUUUGGUCUCUUAUGUAGAUGAAUUAACCGUAGGUGGGAGAAAAAACUCCAAGGGGCAGUACGCUGAUGCAAUGGGAAAUUUUCCGGGAUUCGGGAUCCAGAAAGAGGAGAAAGUUCCACAAGAUUGUUACCCGGUUCAGUGCUACGAUUACUGUCCUUGCUGGGAUACAUGUAUCAAAACAAAGAUGGGUCAGCGAUGGAUGGUAUUCCGUACAUUCGUUAUGCGGUAUGUCGACACGCCAGCGUUUGAGUGGUUCGUCUUAGUACUCAUUUUCGCAUCUAGCAUAACCCUUUGCUUCGAAGACAUACAUCUCGAGAAAAACAAGCCGCUCAAGAAAAUUCUUUACUGGACAAAUCUCGGCUUUUGUAUGAUUUUCGUAAUUGAAAUGUUUCUCAAAUGGAUCGCGCUGGGGUUUUUUCGAUACUUCACGAGUUUUUGGACGUUGCUGGAUUUUACUAUAGUUUUUGUGUCAGUGUUUAGUUUGUUAAUAGAAGAAAAUGAAAACUUGAAGGUGUUAAGGUCGCUCAGAACUUUGCGAGCACUGCGACCACUGCGAGCAAUAUCAAGAUGGCAGGGAAUGCGAAUCGUAGUAAACGCAUUGAUGUACGCAAUACCCAGUAUCUUCAACGUGUUACUUGUCUGUUUAGUGUUUUGGUUAAUUUUUUCCAUAAUGGGUGUGCAAUUUUUUGGGGGAAAAUUCUACAAGUGUGUCGAUAGCGAAAACCGGCUAUUACCUAUAGCAGAAGUGAAUGAUAAAUGGGAGUGUUACUAUAACAACUACUCUUGGGUGAACUCCAAAAUAUCGUUCGACCAUGUAGGUAUAGCGUAUCUGGCACUCUUCCAAGUGGCUACAUUCGAAGGCUGGAUGGAAGUGAUGGCGGACGCGGUAGACGCACGAGGGGUAGACCUACAACCAGCCAGAGAAGCUAACCUUUACGCUUACAUUUAUUUUGUAAUAUUCAUAGUGUGUGGAUCGUUCUUCACUCUUAAUUUAUUCAUAGGAGUUAUUAUAGAUAAUUUUAAUAUGCUUAAGAAAAAGUACGAAGGUGGAGUCUUAGAAAUGUUCCUGACAGAAAGUCAAAAACAUUACUACACAGCCAUGAAGAAACUUGGCAGAAAGAAGCCCCAGAAAGUGAUAAAAAGGCCAAGGAAUCAAUUCCUCGCGAUGUUUUACGACUUGUCGAACUCGCGUCGUUUUGAAAUUGCGAUUUUCGUACUUAUAUUCUUGAACAUGUUGACGAUGGGCAUAGAACAUUACGAUCAACCACAUUCCGUUUUCUUUAUAUUAGAAGUUAGUAACGCGUUUUUCACGACAGUAUUUGGAUUAGAGGCAAUAGUGAAAAUAAUAGGGCUCCGCUACCACUACUUCACGGUUCCAUGGAACGUGUUCGACUUCCUGCUCGUGCUCGCGUCUAUCCUCGGCAUCCUCAUGGAAGACAUUAUGAUAGACCUGCCGAUAUCCCCCACCUUACUCCGGGUGGUCCGCGUUUUCCGCAUAGGGAGAAUUUUAAGACUGAUUAAAGCUGCUAAGGGCAUUAGAAAGCUGCUAUUCGCGUUGGUGGUAUCCCUGCCCGCGCUGUUCAAUAUCGGCGCGUUACUGGCGCUGAUCACGUUCAUCUACGCCAUCAUCGGCAUGUCCGUGUUCGGCCACGUUAAGGAGCAGGGCGCGCUAGAUGAUCUCGUCAACUUCCAGACCUUUGGGAGAAGCAUGCAGCUGCUUUUUCGUCUCAUGACGUCAGCCGGCUGGAACGACGUUCUAGAAUCAUUGAUGAUCACUCCCCCCGAAUGCGAGUACGGCGAUCACGGCAACAAUGGCAACUGCGGAAGCCCCCUCCUCGCCAUCACCUACUUCACAUCCUUCAUUAUCAUCAGCUACAUGAUUGUCAUUAACAUGUACAUAGCCAUCAUUUUGGAGAACUUCAAUCAAGCCCAUCAGGAAGAGGAAAUAGGAAUAGUUGAAGAUGACUUGGAAAUGUUCUACAUCAGAUGGUCUAAAUACGAUCCACACGCAACCCAGUUUAUAAGUUUCGCUCAGCUCUCAGAUUUCAUCGCUUCUCUGGAUCCACCGUUAGGAAUAUCGAAACCAAAUACAGUAGCUCUAGUCAGUUUCAAUCUCCCCAUUGCCAGAGGAAACAAGAUCCACUGUCUAGACAUUCUCCAUUCGUUAGUCAAACAUGUCCUCGGCCACGUUGAGGAGACAGAUACCUUCAGGCAAUUACAGGAACAGAUGGAUAUCAAGUUUAAGAAACAGUUUCCAACGAGAAAGGAACUCGAGAUCGUUUCGUCUACUAGGAUAUGGAAGAGAGAAGACAAAGCCGCUCGAAAGAUACAACGGACGUUUAGGGAGUAUAUCAAGCGAAAGAAUCGUAGUCCUUCAAAUGAGGAGGAGAGUACAAAGUGGUCGCCUGGCGGUGGUUGGGGCGGUCGCCUCAGCGCUUUGCUGCACGUCCGAAGAGGGUCGCACGCGUCGACUAGUCGGAAAUCCUCUCGAGCUUCCGACGCUUCGGACCUUAGCGAGCUAGGAGGGGCUUGGCUUAACCUGCCCCUCCUACUCCUGCCGGGGGCCACGCCUGGUGACCAGGUGCCGAGCGGGUCCGAAUCGGCGCCGCCUCGGCGUCGCUCGGCGUACGGUUUGCCGCUAUUCCUACGACACCAGGACGCGGUGGAUGAGGACGGCGGGCCCAAACGCGCAGGUUCCCUUCGUCUAACGUCGCUGCGGUCGUCGGGGCGGCGCGCGACUUCGCCGGCGCGGGCGCGCACGCCGUCACCGCACGCGAGCAGCGCCGUCAGCAUCCUCGUGACCGAGGCGUCGCCCGACGCCGCGCCGCCGCCGGCCGCGCCGCCGACGGUGGUGCGCGUGCUGGUGCACCGCGAGAGCGACGAGCGGCCCAGCUGAUCCGAGUCCGCCGAGCCUGUCGGCCAAGACCCGCAGACUCCCCCCGAGACGGUCUAGUGUUCCGGCCCGAGUGUCAAAUGUUUAUCGACCGCGUGCGACGCUCGCGCGGCGCGGCUGGAGUGAUUGUGAUUUUUAAAUUUAAUCUAGCUUUAUGACCACGUCUAUUAAUGUACGAGUGCGGCGUAGUAGGUACCCGGAACUUCCAAUAGCGACGUUUUAUCGUGUCUCAUCAAUUUUAAAACUAGAUAGAUAUUCAGUAUUCGCGCCGCUUCAUAGUCGCCGGUGGAUUGUACAGCUGUUUUUAUGAUAUUUACUAGUUGUAUGAGGAAUCUCGAUGAUGGUUGUAUUUGACGACUUUGUUGUAAAUAGUAUUUAGAAUACGAGAACGACUGAUACCGA